AAAUCAUGCACUAAGGCUGAGGACACCAGAUUUUUUACGGGCGAGCAUUUUGCUGAGCAAAGCGGGCUUUUUGGCACGCGAGCUGCGAGACCAGCCAGCUUAGGCUAAAUUGUUGCUUUUCUUCCCUUUUACAUUAGUAGAUUUACGGAAUACAAAUUUCCCAGCAGGUGUUGGUUGUCUUCCGUGACAUAAGAGAUUGGAUCUGGCAAUGACGUUCGGGAGGAUGCAAGAUGUGCACUCUCGGAAUCAGAGAUUUCCGAGCACCUUCCCGUCGCAUCGCCCGUGUGAGGCAUCGCACCAGCAAGGCCUAAAUCGUCCAUUCGCCUCGAUCGACGCUCACGCGGCUUCCGCACGAGCCAGUUUCCAUGGUCAGGCUCAGCACAUUCAGAAUCAAGCAGCUCCAGCUCCAAUUCAUCAUAAUGUGAUGUACAAUGACGACCUCCCGCGACAACUGUCUGACGUCCGAAGAUCGCAGCAGCUGCAGAAGGUUCGCGAAGCAGCACGAAAUCGGACGUGCAGCCAAGGCAGCACGGUCCAUCAUCAGUCAAUACCCGUACAGCAAGGACAGCAUCUGACGCACCAGCACGAGAUUUCACGGAAAUCGGACCUCGCCAGAGCACCAGAACUCGACGGAAAAACUCCGAAAUCGGCCGGAUCCAAUGGAGCGCGCUUUCGUUCAGCGAGUCAUGCUGGGCCCUCAGCUGCUGGCCUGUCAGCUGCUGAUCGUCCUCGGAGCCUUCUUUCGCGAGAUGAAGCAGCUGUUUUGAUUCAGGCAGCGUGGAGGGGUCACCAGGUGCGAGCGACGAAGCCUCUGGAAGUGGGUAAAACGAUCUUAGAGCUUCGAAAGCUGGCUCGGGACAUGGAAGAGAGGCUCGGUGAUAAGGAAUUCGUGGCCAAGGUUGUCUCCGACCCUCGCGAGAAGGUCCGGGCGACGGAGACGAUCAUGUGCUGGCUGCUUCGGCUGGACGAGGUGCAGUCGCCGAACCAAGAGGUUCGGAAUCUGAGAAGAGACAUGGCUCGGAGACUGAACAAGCUUCUGGACGAAGUGGAAUCGCUGGGAGCUGUUAAAGAAGCAGCCUCAAACACGAAUGACACGAGAAGUGUCACAUCUGGUGAUGCAGCCCCUGGGAGUUUUAUGCUAUUAUCUCGAAGGCAUGUCAAAGAUGCCGACACUGCAUCUGGACUGUCAAUGGAAAGUCAUGUCAGAUCUGGCGACACUGCAUACGACACUGCAUCUGCAAAUACCUUUCAAGAUUUGGGUCAGAGUCAGGGAGCCUCUCACAGUGCUACGGACAGGGAUAUUGCCGGGGCAGUUUCUGCUCUUUCACCAGAUUCAAGCAUCAAGGCAGGCGGGUUCAAGCGCAAGAGCAUUGGGAACAGUACCGGUGCUGGUGGUGGUGGGAAGGCUGAGAGGGGGGCUGGUGAUGAGGAGCGUAGGUCCCCCAACCCCAAGAGGAGGAGGAGGAGGGCCUGGAGAGACGUGCUGUGGCGGUGGAGGGAGAGCCUGGGUGGUCUCUGUGGUGGGAGGGAGAAGAGUAGAUAAGUGUUAGCAGGCUAACUGAAAUGGGGGGUUUGGUGAUGAGGGUAUGACGGCCAAGAGGAGGAAGAAGAGGGCCUGGAGAGAUGUGAUGUUGCGGUGAUAGCGUGGACAGAUGGACAGGACAGUGUGCUGUGCUGCUGACUGAAUUGUCAAAAAAGCAUAAUGAUGCUC